UGAGGAGUGAAAAUUAACGUUCGAAAUCUUUAUUUAGAAUUUAGAAGCUAAAUAUAUAUUUUUUUGCUAUUUUUGUUAGAUCUUGAAUAUAUUGUAAAUAUUCAGAAGAUGUUACAUUCGAAAUUUAAUCUUAAAUAGUUACUACUUCAUUAUUUUUACAUAAACAAAAUUAAAGUCGUGGUUGUCAUUUAAUUUUUGAACAUUAUCUUGGAAGGCCUUCAAGAUGUGGAAAUGAGUGCUUGACGGGAACAAUAGUUUCCCAUUUCCCAAGUGGUUUUCAAUUCAUUUUUGUUUAGACAGUUAUUAUUGCAGGUAUACGACGAAUUUUCUUUUUCUGUAGAUUUCGCGUACACCUUUACGAUUAACUUAGAGUCAUCAAAAGUGAUAGUUUUAUAUAGAACACCGUAUAAAUCAAACGAAAAAUGGAUCCGGGUAUUCUUUGUUUCCACCAUUGUGAACACAAAGUGUUUUGUACUAUUAUACCUGAAAAUUGCCCUGUUUGUCAACAGAAACUAGAUAGAUAUGACUACAAUCUCUUGCCAUUUAGAGUACCAUAUCCCUUCGUAAAAGCCUCUCAGCAUCCGCGGGCUAUCGUCAUGAAGCCCACCCAUGGGGAUUUCCUUAAUGACUACUACAAUUCUAAAGACUUGCACAUAGGGGUCACUAACUCUCAAGGAUGUGUGGUAGAGUUCAGUGAAGAGGGCAUCCGGAGUGUUGACCUUGUUACUAAGAAAUGGAGUGGAUGUGAGACUAGUGUUGAUUGGGACCAAUGUCUUUUAUUAGAACAGUUUGAUGAACUGUGGAAUGAGAUAUGGGAUGGUGUACUUUUAAAGGUGAGCCUAAGUCCACUAUGGGAAGCAGAAAGAUACAAUGAAGAGAGACACAAUUGUUUCACUUUUGUACUAGCAUUUUUACGUGCACUGGACUGUGGGGAACUAUCGGAAAGAGCACAUGACCCUAAGCUCUUCUGCAAACAAUAUGUGGUGCCUCGAACUUCAGCUGCAGGGAAGUAUAUAUCUCUUUAUAGACAACUAAAAAGGCAGAGCUACUUCAUACAGAAACAAUGAUAGCCUAUACAAAUAUGUUUGUACAAUUUGUAUAUCCAGUGCAGAUAAAAAAUGGAUGGGUCUCUGUUAGUCUUUUGCUGGUACAUUAAUAUUCCUGAUCGCCUCUCUAGCCACAUGCAUUGAUUUUCAUAUUCUUUGUCUACAAUCAAGAGUGCCAAUUUUAAAAAAUUUGUAUUAACUCACUUUCUUGUCGGUUUAUUUGUUUGUUUGUAUUUAGUACUUAUCCUUUUUAUCAAAUUAUAUGCAACCUUGCAACUUACCUGCAUCAUAUGCAACACAUUUCUGCAACGCUUCAAUGCAUUUGUGUAAUAAACUGUAAAAAUUACACAGUUUACUAUACUGUAAUUGAUGAUGACAUUUGAAUAUUGUGUAUUGAAUUACAAAAAAUCCUGCUUGAUAGUGCGAGCAACAGGUGAUGUUAUUUUCUAUUUGUUAUCUGUGCGGUUGUCAAUAAGGACCAAAGAUCACAUGAUACUUUUAAUAUCAGGAAUUGGCGAUUUAAUUGCUUUUUAGGAGUGAAAAGCUGUGAUUGAAAUUCGCAUAUAUUUUGUUUGUUAGUUUAGUAAGUUACUGUAUAUUACUUUACACAUACAUUUAAAUAUAUCUGCUAAAAUGCGCAGUUACGAUGUUAAGCUUGCGAUUGAUCACAGUUGCCAAAAGACAAUACCCGAUGAAUUCAGUUUGAAAUCGUUGAUUGCCGAUACUGAAAUAUUAUGUGCGCUUUGGACUUAAUUUAUUGUAUGUAUUUAUUUAUUAUCACUUAUCAGUUCAGUAUUAACUGUGAUGUCUCAUAUUUAGGAUAUAGGUUUCUUAAAUUUUAAUGCAUUUAAUUCAGACCAAAUAGGUUAUUGUAUAAUUUGUUUGCAUAUAAUAAUAUUAUAUUAAAAAUAUUAUAAUAGGUAUGUAUAUUGUAUAUACUUUUCUUCAAAAUUAAUUUCAUGUAAUUUAUGAUAACUAUAGAGGUGUUAGUGGCAUGCCUGGGAAUGAGACUACUAAAAUUAAAACAACCAUAACCUAAAGUAUUAUGCAUAGGUAUGUAAUCUGAGAAAA